ACCAUGACGACACCCGAGCAGCGCGUGGCGCAGUUCGAGGAGAACUACCAGCAUGUGUGUACGGAGCUGCGCGACCGGCGGGCCCGUGAGAGAGUCCUCGAGGAAGACCACGAGCGACUGCGACAGCGAGCUGAUGGCGGAUGUGGCGAUGCCCGACGCAGGGAGUCAGGGUUGUUCGACACUGGGAUCCUUGGCAAACCGAACCUCUUCAUGGGCGAAAAGGGCAAGCGGAAUGUCUGGAAGGCCAUCUUCAGCGGGUGCGAGAGUGUGGUCAGUGGCGAGAUCGCACGUGGCAUGGCUAUGGCCGAGGGCCCGGGCGAGGUGUCGGUUCUGAACAUGGACGUGGAUGACGAAGACUUGGCAUCGUCAUCCCAGUAUUUCCUGAUCCUCUUCGGCCGCCAGCACCCUUUUACGAUGGUGGUGAAUGCUGGCGAGCAUCAGGGUUUCCUGGCGUGGCCGAAGCUUGUCGAGUACUACGAACCCAACGUGAUGUGUCGACUGGUGGGAUUGCUGCUCAACCUGUUGAACUUCUCGUUCGCGGGUGUCCUCGAGGAUCGCCCGGGCAUCCUCGUGCGAGAGAGAGCUGACGCGCUACGAGCUGGAAGUCAGGGGCCUGUCAUCGCCAGCAUGCGCAUUGUCAUCGUGAUGAGACAGGUCGAGGACGGCCCGCUCAGGCAGCACCUCCUGCUGAACGCGGCCCGCAUUCAGGGGUGGCAGGUCUUCGGGCGCGAGACCGCUGACGACAACAAGAUUAGUUGCGGCGGCGCGGGCAAGGAGUCCAAGGGCAAGCCCGAGGACCCCAAGAACACCGGCGGUGGCAAGGCCAAGGGCAUGGUGAGCACGCUGGUCGACGCAUGGAACUUUGGCCAGGCUCAGAGCGGGCGAGGCAACGUGACUCGCUGGAGGCUGCGCAGUUUGGUGGCGACGCUGGCGGCCUUGAACGCCGCGGGCAUCUCCGCGCAGCUCAGACCUCCCCGCGCGGUGAGUGCGGCCGGCGCGACCCGUCGGAGGCCGGAAUUCCCGCCCUCGGCCGCGAGCGCGCGCCGUGGGGCCAUUUGGACUCGCGGGGUCGAGGCGGUCUACCUCGAUGCCCCGCCCGGGGGCGUGGGCGAGGCCCUGGCCCUAUUCGUUGGGCCCCGCGUGCUCGACUUUCCCGAUGCGUCUCCUCGGAGGGCGCAGCUUGCGAGCCUCGUCGGGAUCGGCGUCGACAGUCCCCGACCUGGGCGAGCGCGCGAUCGUCGGCGCGCCGACGGGGUCGGACUCGCUGGUCGACGCCAAGUCACGGGGGCCGACGCCUCGCGGGCGCGGAUGAGUGCCUCGGAGAUGGUCGACGCUGCGUACCGCGUGGUGUUCGACGAGGGCGGCGACUACGACGCCUCGUGCGUCUACCGCGAGCCCAGCGGCCAGCAGUGGCGGGCUGCCCGCAGGGACCGCGUCCACGAGAUGGACCUGCAGGUGCUGCCGUCGGCAGAGGCGCGCGCGGCCUUGCUCAGUGGGCGGCGGAGACUUGCGUGCCGGUUCGCCCGGCCCGAGCGGACGAUCAGGAGGCCGCCCUCGCUGUGGCGGCCUUGGGCCUUCGACCGCGGCUAUCUCGGCGCGGCCGAGGGCGACGGCUUCCCGCUUCUUGCCGGGAAGGACCAGAAGCGCAGGUGGUUCUACGCGUCUCUCGUGCCAUCGAAGGGCGCGGCCACCCCCUGGCUGGCGAAGGCCUGGGCCGCCAUGCUCGCUGCUGCGGGCCAUCGGCGCUUCGUCCUCAGGUUAGGGCUGACCCCGUCCAUCGAGGCGGCGCCCGCGGACCCCGCAGUCGGCGACUCGCAGGGCAACGGCCUCGGGGAGCACGCUGUCCGCGAGGUCGAGGCGAAGCGCAAGACGUUCGAGUCCGCGACCGAGGCACUACGCGACAUCACCAUUUGGCACCAGGCGCCCUUGCCCCCCGUGGCUUGUGGUGGGGCCGGCAAGUUCCCGCCUAUGCUGCAGAACAAGUUCAGCAAAGGCAUCUACCUCGGCCCGACCCUGCGCUCCGACGAGGCGUGCAUCGGCACGGCGCCGGGCGCCAUCCGCGCGCGCGCGGUCAAGCGGCUGCCAGAGGGCGAGGGGCGCGACGAGGGCCCUUUGGACGGCAUCGCUGGGCCCAAGGGCGCGUGCGUCAGGAAGGUCGUGGGGCCCGCGAGGUACGGCUUCGUCGCAGGUUUCCCCGGCUGCGUGGCAGCCGAGCUCGGCGUGCGAAGCCAGGCGCACUUGGCGGAGUGCCGGUCGCGCAUUGAGGCAGAGAUGGCCAAGGGGGAGUCGCUGGUAGUGCGUCUCGAGUCGGCGCGCGAGCGCAAGCGUUGCAGGCGCUCGGGGGGCCCCUUCGACCCUGGCUGGAGCUCCCCCCUCGACUCCAGCAAUGGCAGUCUCUUCGUCUUCAGCGGCAGUGGCGCCUUCGGCGCCAUGUCCUGCCGUCGC